GGGAGCGAGGCAGAGACACAGAGAGGGGAUUGAGAGGAGCAGGAGAGAGGAGGCUAUCUCUGGGCUGCUCUCCACUGCAGCGUCUGGCUUUCACUAAAAGGUCUAUGACCGUGUUUUUCCUGCGCUUGUUUGCCUAAUUUAUUCCUGCCGGGGCCAGCAGAAAGAAAGACGGAAAAGAAAAAAAAGGAAGAAAAAGGGACGGCGGGCAGAAUAGUAAAGAGUGCAACAGUACACCCUGACUUGCUGACAGGGAAUGCAGAGAGGUUCUGGCCUCUGGUUGUUACUGCUGGAUGGACAAGCACUGACAAAACAAGAGACAACACUUUGUGGAGCUUCGAGAGGAGGAGGAGGUUUCUCAACUCUUUUUUAUUUUUUUUUAUCUGUGACAUUUGAGCCCCGACAACAUUGUGCCCCUGAAGAGUUGGAGGAAAACAUAAUUUGACCACAAAAACACAGAAGAGGAGGAUUUUAUUUGAUGAACUUUGAUGAGUGAAAGGACUUCUUGUUUUAAUAUCAAGUGCCAGUUUCAGCUGGAUAUAAAAUACUUAAAAAGCUGUGACUCUAUGGUCAUAUCCUCUCUGAAUACCGAAGAAAGAAAUCCAAUUUGCAAAACUCCCCCUUUUCUCUCUCUCUUCUGGGACAUAUGACUGAGCAUUUCCAGAGCAAAACAGUAUCUUAUUUUUCCUCCUCAUCACUAUCACCUCUGCUUCUAUAACAGCCCCGACAAGUCAAGAGUGAGUCUGGACUAGAACUGCCUCAGAUCAGCAGAUAACAACUCUGCACGGCAGGAACUGGUUGGACUAGUUUAUAAGUUGGAGGAGAGGGCAGGGCAGUUUAACCCUGCCUGAAGGAGAGCUGUGUUUUAUUUUCCUCCCACUUGCUUGUCCUUUUGGGAGAAAGUCAAGCGCUGAGAGAGAGGGGCAGAGCUUCCUUCUUCAUUUGGACACUGACUCUGUUUUGUCCCUUGUCACUAUGCUUAGGGAUAGGUGAGGUGCUUUUUCUUCUUUACUUCUUCCGGGGGGGGGGGAGACGGAGAGAGAAAGUGGGAGGGAGGGUAGAGAGAGAGCAGGAGUCAAAGUGUAAUUUAUUGUUUCAAGUGAAAAGAGUAAGGCUGCACCCUUUUCCCCUGCCUGAACUCUGAACUACUCAAUGUGCGUCUGAAGUUUUCUCAGACCUCGGGAGCCAUUGAUCGGAGGUCAGGGUAGAGAACACAAGGGUGAAAGACAAGAACAGAGAGAGCAGAGAGGGAUUAAAGAAGAGCGAGAGAGAAAACAGCAUUGGGAAGGACCUCCAGGUCAUAACAACCAGACGGCAAAGGGGAGAAAGGUCAACACGGGAGAGUCCGGAACGACUUUUUAUCCCACUUCUUGAUCUUCUUGGACAAAAACCUGCUUUUUAUACAAAUCUGGAGCCACUGUUUUCUUGUCUGGAAUCAGUUUUAAGACUUUGAGGGCAGUUGGAAGCUGGGGGACAGGGCGGGUCUGUGUAUGAUCCACUCACAGGGCGGCGUGUCUCAGAGAAUAUGGCCAUGGUGAGCGGGGGAUGGGGCAACCCCAACGGGGACACUAAUGGACUGGGGGAGAAGGCUUACCUGAGGAGGGAGGAAGAGGACGGCUCGCCUCAGGCCGGGAGCAGCGAUGUGGACGUCGGGGACGAGGACAAGUCCUGCGUGGUGGACUGUGUGGUGUGCGGGGACAAGUCCAGCGGGAAGCAUUAUGGCGUGUUCACCUGUGAGGGCUGCAAGAGUUUCUUUAAGAGGAGCAUCAGACGAAACCUCAACUACUCCUGCAGAUCAAAUCGAGAAUGCCAAAUCGAUCAGCAUCACCGCAACCAGUGCCAAUACUGUCGUCUGAAGAAAUGUUUCCGUGUAGGAAUGCGCAAAGAAGCAGUCCAGAGGGGCCGAAUCCCUCCAUCUCACUCAGGUAUCAGUCCCAGCUCCCUGGCAGGCGGGGUUGGAGGUGCAGGACCGGGUCACAUCGGGGCGGACUACUUCAAUGGGCAGCCAGUCUCAGAGCUUAUCUCCCAGCUACUCCGGGCUGAGCCGUACCCCAGUAGCCGAUAUGGGACCCCCUACAGUCAGGCACAGAUGCAGGCAUCUGCGAGUGGAGCCUCCGUCAUGGGCAUCGACAGCAUCUGUGAGCUGGCAGCCCGACUCCUCUUCAGCACCAUCGAGUGGGCGAGAAACAUCCCGUACUUCCCAGAACUGCCCGUCUCAGAGCAGGUGGCGCUGCUGAGGCUGAGCUGGAGCGAGCUCUUCAUCCUGAACGCAGCUCAGUCGGCUCUGCCUCUACACAUGGCUCCCCUGCUCGCAGCAGCCGGGUUCCACUCAUCGCCCAUGUCUGCGGAGCGCGUGGUGUCCUUCAUGGACCAGGUCAGGGUUUUCCAGGACCAGGUGGACAAGCUGAACAGGCUGCAGGUGGACUCAGCCGAGUACAGCUGCCUCAAAGCCAUUGCACUCUUUUCACCUGAUGCAUGUGGUCUGACAGACCCAGCCCAUGUGGAGUCCCUGCAGGAAAAGGCCCAGGUCGCCCUCACAGAGUACGAGAGAUUGCAGUAUCCAAACCAGCCCCAGCGAUUCGGCCGCUUACUGCUGCGCCUCCCAGCUCUGCGUGCCGUGCCGGCCAACCUCAUCUCCCAGCUCUUCUUCAUGCGGCUGGUGGGCAAGACUCCCAUUGAGACGCUGAUCCGAGACAUGCAGCUAUCAGGGAGCUCCAUCAGCUGGCCCUACGUACCGGGACAGUGAACCCUCUGACUCCAGAGUGAGACAGACAGAGAUCAGAUCAGAGCUCACAAAGAUUAAAAACAAAGUACAAACUGAAAGUUAUGGAUGCAAACUGGGAUUUCAAGCGUUUAAGGUCCUUGUUUGUGAGUGUAGAGUUCAGCUUAUCCCACAUUGGCUCUGUAAAGUUUGGUGGAAGUCACACCAAAGCUGCUUUCAGGGGAACAAAAAUGUGUGAUUGUCUUUAUAUAAAUAUGUUUGCAGCACUUGCCAGUUUUGCUCUGACCUCUCUGCUCUCUCUCUGUCUCCUGGACAAAAACACAGGGCUUUAAUUAAAAUGCAGACUCUAACAUGAGGCCAUGUGCCUGUACUACCUCUUCCCACAUCACCCCUAAUGUGACUCUGUUUGAACCCAGGCUCUGUGUGUGUGUGUUUUUCCUCUACUUUGUUUUGGGGUUUUUUAAGUCAAAAUGAAGCCAUGGCAGUGCCACUUUUACAGGCAGAACUUUGUAUCUGUGACGUGUCGUGCAGCUCAUACCCACGUUCUGUCAUGUUUGAUAUGUGGAAUGAAAUUGUUUGUGAAGAUGUAUCACAGUAUCACCUUGUACAGCAUAAAAACAAAGAAGAUGCAUGUGCAUUGUAAUGUAUAUUGUACUAUAUGAAGUACUCUGCAACACAGUAAUUUGUAUGUCAGGUACUUAAAGGUGAAGUUAAGGGAAAUAUGCUUUUGCGCUUUCUAGCAGAGUUCAGCUGUGUUUUCACCUGUUUUUAUGCACAUUUUCAGCUUGCAUAAAAAAACAACAGAAGUAAAAAAACAAGAGAAGAAAAGUUGGUGUAUUAAAAAUAGCAAAAUGCAGAUUUAGCGAAUAUAUGAUGACGUCUUAAAGCAUGUGACUUCAAUGUCUACUGAAGCCUCUGCCCCGCUGAAGAGAAAAAAAAACAGAAGCAGGUUAAAACAGUCUCCUCACAGAUCUGAUGCAACCUUCCUCAAGCUUGUGCUCUUCUGCUGCAAUUAUAUAAAAUGGCAUCCAACAGGAAAAUUGGUGCCAGCUAAUGUACUGGAAACAAGUGUUCAUUCCCAUUUUCUCAAAAUUCUGUUAAAAACUAUUCGGAUGGAAACCUGGCUCGAGCUGAGAAAAUCGAUUCCACUUAGAUAUCUAUAAAUCUGAAGUUAGCUUAGCUUUGCAUAGACUGAAAACAGAAGCAAAAAACUAGCCUCGCUUCAUAUGAAAGUAACUUAAUCUGCAUACCAGCACCUCUAAAACUCACUAACACAUUUUCUUCUUUGUUAAAUCCAUAAAAUAUCAAUGUGCAGGACUAUUUCUUGGUCCAGAUGUGUAAUUUAGAAGUUUUGAAUGGUUGCAACAUCAGCCAAAUAACACGCAGGUUUUGUUUGGAUUGAACAAAUUAAAUAUAAUUUAAUAAUUAGUGAGUUUGAGAGGUGCUAGUAGUCUUGUCCAAUUUUUUCAACCUUUGCAGAGGCAGGCUACUCUCUGCAAGAAAGUGAACAACUGUAAUUUCCCUUUCCUUUAAUAUAGUCUAUACAAUAAUGUUCUUGUGACAGGAAAUGGAGAUGAAUGUAUCAAACACACCCUGGCUCUUCAGACAGUCACAUCCCUGUCAAACAUUAUUACCUCAUGGUUUAUGCAUCCUGGACAAAUAUUGUAUAUUUGUGUGCUAAAGAUAAAUAUAAAGGGAUCAAGGCACAGAAACCACAAACACUAAUAUUCCCCUAUAGACUGUCUGUCCAGGCUAAAAUGUGUUUGGGAAUGUUUAGAAAUGUAAUGCUAAAUGUAAGCCAAAGUCUGACAUAUCAUUUACAGAAAGCGAGUGACCGUUCUGAUAAAUCUCUGCAAACUGAAUACUUAUUUCCUCUACUUUAAUGAAGGCAGAGGUAGUUAAUUUUCUUUUUUUUCUCGUGUGUUUCUUCAAAAGCAGUGUAUUAAAUCACAACCUAAAAUGGACAGAGGUCACUUUCAGAUGAUUAUCAUGCUUGUGCAAGUGUGGUAAAGGUUAUGGUGUUUGUAGGUACUGAGAUAAAGGGUGCUAAGAAGUCAAAUUCAUGACUGUUGUUGCCAUGAAGUGCACCUCAAUGUGACAAAUGUUUUUCUUGCCAAAUUUAUUGACUGAAAGAAAAUAUAAUGAGGGGACAAACAUGUUUUUGGUCAGACUUUUUGUAUCAUCCAUUAAAAAAUAAGAUCCCUGAUGCUUUUAAACAACUUCAUCAACAGCUCAUUUAUGCUGUCCAUUAUUUUUUUGUGUUAUUUGUUGGAAUAUAAACGAUUGACUGUGUAGCUUUACGUUUAAAAGAAGCAUGUUUCCGUGACCAUGCCAAACCUUGAACCAAAAAAACAAAAAAAAAGCAAAACAACUUUUUAUGACUGGUUAUUUUUUGCAUUAAGAAAAAUAAAAGUAUGCAUAUUCCUUCUGUGGA